CCUAUGCGUAUAUAUGUCCUCGAAACAACCUGACAUAUCCCGUCAAGCUGGACGGGCAUAUCGAACACACCUAGGGCUGCUGACAUUACCGAGAAGACUCCUAUAUCUCCACGGUCGGUAUAUAAACCGCCUUCCCAAUUGCACACGCUACGUAGUUCAAACGCGGGAUAUCCUGCUCGCUCUCGCGCGCCCCCUUCUUGUUCCCUCGAUAUCUAUAUCUUCCCUCGAUCUCCCCACUUUUUGGCCGCAUCUCUGCCGAUUCUUCGCCCGCCACCUUGGGAAACACCGAUCGAUCGACGGACCUGUGGCUGUAUAUACCUUUCUCCGGCUCUCCGCCUCUCUUCAUGGCUUCCCCGUGAAGGCCAGCUCCCGGGAAUCAGGAGCCAGAGAGAUAAUACACUGGAGUGCGCGGUUGGUCCUGGCACAUCGCAUCGUAUGCUAGCCCUAGCCGAGGCUCGCAAGCGAUCCGCCGAGCUUCUCGUUUAAAUCCGUCCUCCGAUCGAUCGAUCGAGCAGCAGAGCUAGCUCCCUGUCGUUCAUGUCGAGGGGUUUUGGCCUUGCCGCGUAGUGGCGUUGUACGCUUGCGUUUUGUUGCGUUCGGUGGCGACAACGGAGCUCGGACAUGAAGGGCGGGGUCGUCGACGACUUGAGGGUUAUGUUGGCGAGGAAGGAGUCCUCCACCUGCCUCGCCAGGUCAGUGAUGUUCCUCGUGAUCUUCGCGGUCGGCGUGAUCGCCGGCCUCUGGACGGCCACCGGGCCGCGCACCCAGUACAGCAGGACCUACAACAGCAUCGUCUUCCCCAGCACCACCACCACCGUCUACGCCGAGGCCGGCGCCGAGGCGGAGGCCGGCUUCGCCGAGUUCGUGGCCCCCACGCAGCUCAUGCACGACAUGACGGACGACCAGCUCUUCUGGCGCGCCUCCAUGGUGCCGGUGGACGCCCAGUAUCCGUUCAAGCGCGUGCCCAAGGUGGCCUUCAUGUUCCUCACCGGCAGCGGCGAGCUGCCGCUCGCGCCGCUCUGGGAGCGCUUCUUCCGCGGCCACGAGGACCGCUUCUCCGUCUACGUCCACGCGCCGCCGGGAGUGACGGUGAACGUCUCCGCCGACUCGCCCUUCUACGGCCGUCAAAUCCCAAGCCAGGAGACCGCGUGGGGAUCGAUAUCGCUGAUGGACGCGGAGAAGCGGCUGCUGGCGAACGCGCUGCUGGACUUCUCCAACGAGCGCUUCGUGCUGCUCUCCGAGAGCUGCAUCCCGCUGCACAGCUUCCGGGCGGUCUACGACUACCUCGUCGGAUCGCGGCACAGCUUCGUGGAGGUCUACUUCCAGCAGACCAAGCAGUGCCAGGGCCGGUACAGCCGCCGCAUGGCGCCGGCCAUCAGGCUGCCGCAGUGGAGGAAAGGGUCCCAGUGGUUCGAGCUCAACCGCGACCUGGCCAUCAGCGUGCUCGCCGACACCAAGUACUACCCGCUCUUCCGGCGGCACUGCCGGCCGUCGUGCUACCCGGACGAGCACUACCUCCCGACCACCGUGGACAUGCUGCACGGCGCCCGGAACGCCAACCGCACGGUGACGUACGUCGACUGGACCAAGGGCGGCGCCCACCCGGCCAAGUACACGGCCAGCAACGUGACGGCGGCGGCGAUCCAGGGCAUCAGGCGGAGGAGGUGGAAAGGCGACAGGCCCUCCUGCUACUACAACGACAGGCCGACGUCGAUGUGCUUCCUGUUCGCAAGGAAGUUCGCGCCCGACACGCUCGGGCCCCUGCUCAACAUGUCGUCGGCGGUCAUGGGUUACUAGCCAGUCUCCGCCGCCGCCCGCCGGCGAUGAUCGGAUCGGAUGUUUGUAACUUAGGACGUUGUCGUGGACAGAAGGUGCUUCUCUUCAUUUGCCGGCAUCUUGUCGAAUUUGCUACA